AUGCCCGAGUUGAGAGUCACUCUUCAGCAUCCCGCUGGUGUUCCAACGCCGCAUCCAGAUCCGGACCCAUCGCCGCAGCCGCAGAGCGACCGUCCGUUGGUCGAUGACGGUGGCUCGUCGGCCUCGAAAGCCGCACCCAGCUCGUCCGCUGCUCCCACCAAUGCAGCCAGUCCGCCGGACGCCAAGUCCGGUGAUGUAAGCGACGACGGUAUGCCUCUUGAGCAAACGUCGCUCAAUGACCUGUUUGAUCCCGAGAUCGCCCAGGUGGUCCAUCCUGUCGAGCCCAAGCCCAAGAGCACCAAGCCCGUUGCCGAGGACUCGUCAGACUCGAAGCAAAAUGCGCAAUUCCUGGCCGAGCUGUACCUGUCGCAUUCUGUUCCAAGCUCCAAGCUCAGCAUGAAUAUUCGUGCUGUGAUUUUCGAUGCCAUGGGUGACGUCCAGACGAUCAAUGGAGAGUUCAAAAAGGCGGAUCUGUGUGCUCAGCACUCGCUGAUGCCACGCGACUUGCGCAAGAUCGACAGCGCCACUUCCCAGUCAUUCCCCGCAAUUCUCGUUCGCGAAAAGGCGCUGCUGCUUCACUUGCUGCACAUCCGGGCUUUGAUCAAGGCCAACAGCGUCAUUCUCCUGGAGCCUUCAUCGGCAGUCGAUCCCCACCACCAGUCCGCGUUCAUGCAUGACCUGCAAGGCAAGCUUCGACUGAAGGAAAGCACCUACGAGCUGCGGGCCCUCGAAGCAAUUUUGAACAGCGUCGUGGCGUCUCUCCAAGCCGAUCGGAACGCUCUGGUCAACCAGUGCGAGACGCUCCUGAACGAGCUCGAAACCAGCAUCAACGAGCAGAAUCUGAGGGAGCUGCUCGAGUGCCGAAGAAAGGCGAGCAAGCUGGCUCAAAAGGUCGAGGACAUUGGUGCAGCCUUGAGCGAAAUUCUCAACAGCGAUGAGGAUCUCGCCGGCAUGUAUCUGACCGACAAGAGUCGGGGCCAUCGCCGAGAGACCUCGGACCACCUUGAGGUCGAGCUCUUGAUCGAGCACUACACCAAACUGACAAACGAAAUCGCGAGCACUGUGUCAAGCGUCAGCAGCAACCUCAAGAACACACAGGACGUCACCAACAUUGUCCUUGCGAGCCAGCGUAACGACCUCAUCAUGUUUGAGCUCCGAGCCGUUCUCGCAACCUUGGCGGUUUCGUGCGGCAGCCUGGUCGCCUCUGUCUUUGGCAUGAACUUGGUCACGUCUCUGGAAGGCAGCCCCGUGGCGUUUAUGGCUGUGGUCAGCAGCAUGACGCUGCUGAUUGGAGCCGUGAUGCUCUCAAGCAUGCGGAGCAUGGAAAGGAUCCGCCCGGACCGGCGUCGGCUGCCCUCCAGUUUGCGACUGCUGGACAACCCCAAGCCCAUCGCCCCCCGAUGA